AUGGGAAAUGCCUCCGAAACAUUUCUGUUCGUGUCCAAAAUAUCGAAAGACAGUGACUUUCUCAUGGGAACCAUCUACAUCAUUUUUGGUGUGCUGUCGAUUCUGGGAAAUGGGAUCCUGCUAUUUGUGGCCUAUAGAAAGAAGUCCUCCCUGAAGCCUGCAGAGUUCUUCGUGGUUAACCUGGCCAUCAGUGACCUGGGGAUGACCAUCAGCCUGUUCCCCCUGGCUAUCCCGUCAGCGUUCACUCACGUGUGGCUGUUUAAUAAGACGGUAUGUACUGGAUAUGCCUUCUGUGGCGUUUUGUUUGGCCUGUGCAGUCUGACCAACCUCACAGUGCUUUCCAGUGUCUGCUGGCUCAAAGUCUGCUGCCCAAACUAUGGUAGCAAGUUCUCGUACUGCCAUGCCUGCCUGCUGGUUGCUGGGGUCUGGUGCUACUCUGGAGUUUUUGCUGUAGGGCCCCUGUCGGGCUGGGGAGAGUACGGAGCCGAGCCUUACGGUACAGCGUGCUGCAUCAAAUGGGAUGCUCCAAGCCAAAACUCUGCGGCUAUGAGCUACAUCCUCUGCCUAUUCUUCUUCUGCUACAUUGUGCCGUGCACUAUCAUCUUCCUGUCCUACACAUUCAUCCUGGUGACCGUCCGGGGCUCCCGCCAGACUGUGCAGCAGCACAUGUCCCCGCAGAACAAGAUCACCAAUGCACAUACACUUAUCAUUAAGCUUUCAGUGGCAGUUUGCAUCGGUUUCCUGACAGCAUGGAGUCCAUAUGCCAUUGUGGCCAUGUGGGCAGCGUUUGGUAACCCAACAAAUGUACCACCCAUAGCUUUUGCUCUUGCAGCUAUUUUUGCCAAGUCCUCAACCCUUUACAACCCGAUUGUUUAUCUGGUCUUCAAGCCCAACUUCCGCAGGUCCCUGUGUCGAGAUGUGGCCCAGUGCAGAAGGACACUCUGUGGAUGUCAGCACAGCUCCGCACAGAAGGGAACUUGCAAUCAAUCCCUUCACAAAGAAGAAUGCAACGCCACAAGGUUGUCAAACGGACUACCGGAGAACCACGGGACAUGCAGACACUGUCCUUGCCCUGAAGCAGUCACUGGUACCAGAGAAAGCUUUACAGAAUACAGCCCCCAGCAGACUUGCAGGAUACUUAAAGGAUCAAAGCAUUGUGAGGUGGCUGUUAGUCAGCUGUCCAAUGAGAUACAGAGUGACUUCCUUUAG